CAACAGACCUCUAACGGGCCCGCUUUAAUUCCUAGGGACAUCAGCGGGCAGGGAUUUCCGGUUGAAAUUCGGUCACAAUGUGGAUAGCAUCUCCCCCUUCUGGAAUCUUCCAGUACACCAAGAAGCUCUUCCUGAGCGAGCAGGCCGGCCGCGCGCAAGCCGUCGAGUUCCUGCGCAAGAAUGCGGCCAACUCGAUCUCCGUGGCCAACCUCGUCGUGGGCCUCUCCUCGGUCCUCUGCAGCCUUAACGGGCAGUACCACUACGCAUGCUGGCUCGUCCUGACUGGCUUCCUGCUGGACCUUGCUGACGGAGCCGUCGCCAGACAACUCAACGCCUGCUCUGCGCUGGGGGCUAAACUGGACGACUUCGCAGACUUCACGUCCUUCGGCUUGGCCACAGGCCUUCUCCUCCAGGCCCAUGGAAUCCUCGACAGCCUGCUGGUGAUCGUCUACGUGCUGGCGGUGUUCGCACGCCUGUGUUUCUUCUCCAGUGGAAUGCCCUUUAUGUACCGGGGGUUGCCGUGCCCGUACGGUGCCUCAGUGGUAGCAUCCACCUACUUCCUGACCGGAGGUCAUCUCGUGGCCAUGCGCCUGGUCGCCAUAGUGAUGAUUCUCUUCAUGGUGGACCAGGGUUUCUACCCCCAUGACAAAGUCCUGGAGUCGCAGCAUUGGAAGAAGGUUGUCUUUGGAGUGGGUAUCCUGGCGCUCUUGUUUCAUGCCUCCUUCCCGGCCUCUGUCUACUUCCUGAUUUGGUCCACGUCAUACAUCUUCUUCCCCAAUGCUUUGUGGAGAUGCAAAGUCUAACGUCAUCGGUGGGCACGCGUGGGCAAUCCCAGAACUGCACCUGUGCCAAGGCAGUCUCUGGGACUGGGGAGAUGGACUGAUCCAGUGUUAAAAACCCAUACUUUGCCUAAACCAUACUAAAGUUUUUCCAUCGCCUUGAGCUGAUAACUUCUGGGAGAUUUUUCCAUUGUUUCUGGCAGUGUUUUCCAAUCCGGGCUGCCUGUUGCCUGAAGAACGAAGCCAACAGCCGGCUAACGUGCUGAGCCUUUUGCCAGUGUAGAUAUGUACAGUACAGAUUCUUUAUAUGUAUAUAUAAAGUGCAAUAUAGUUUUAAGAGAAGAAAAUCUUGCUUAGAUUUUUACUUUUUUAAGCCAGUAAUUUACUUGCUGAGAGUUUUUAGGGACAUGGGGAAUAUUUGAGUAUGCUUUUCAUUCGUGUGGCGUCCUCACUCUGGAUGAAUCAGAGGUCCCUUCCUUCUUUAACCAGAUUUUGCAACAGAUGGACUAGCUAAAUUUGCAACCUUUGAGCUGAGGCAGGAGGAAAUCCUAUUGCUUUCCAGACCAUACCUGGCCCUUGGAGGAGGAGGAGGAGGAGGAGGAGGAGGAGGAGAAAGUUAUGCAUGACUGCCCCCUCAUUAUCCGGGCCUACAAAGGUAGAAUAAGAGCAGAGCCCAGCUCUUAAUGGGCAUGAUUUUAAAUGAUCUUUGACCCACAAUGCGAUUGAAACUGACAGCCAAGCACUUCUUGGCUCUUAAGAGACAAGAGAGUUGGGGGCCUCAUGCAGCACAUUCUACUCUGGGGAGUAGCCUUUCCUUAAGAGGAGAGAGGGAGGCCAGGCCAAGGCAGGACAGCUGAAAAACUGCCCUUCUGUGUGCCAUCCAGAAUCGAGCCUAAUCUCUGUCGCCGUGGGGAGGAACUGCUACUAGAGACAGAGUUGGGGAAAUGUUCCCUCAAGCUGGCCCUCCAAAUCAAGUCUCGUGUAAAGAAAGAUCUCCAAAAGCAGAAGAAAGGUUGCUGAGCAAGCAGGCCAGCAAUUGGUGCCCCUCCAGAUGAUGCUGAACCACAGCUUCCAGCAUCCUCUGCCACUGGCCUUGGGGCUAAUGGGAGUUGUAAACUCCCACCGACAUCUGUAAGCUGCUCAGCUUUGCCAGAGAAAUCAUUUGUACACCCGCCGGGAGGUUUGGGACCUAGAACUUGCUGACUUCCACCCCAGCCUCAAUUCUUGUCAGAAUCAUGGCAGAAAUCCUAGAUUUGUGUUGUGAAAAGAGCAGUCCCAAAUGCUUGUGCCAGGUAGCGCUUUUAAUAUAUAUUUUUUAUAUUUAUCAAGGUAAUGAAGUAGUUAGGAAAUUGUCUUUUUUCUUCCCAAGAGCUGUUUGAUAAAAACACAGGAGGAGGAAAAAAGAGACAGGAAGAUGACUGUGCUACUGGAAAACUAUACUUGAAACUAAUGUUCUUGUGUUUGGGGGAAAAAUUAAACUUGGAAAACACCAAA